GAGCCAGAUGUGAGAAGAUUAGGAAUCUUAUUCCUCUUCAAUUCAGCUUUGCUUUACAAUUGCCUCGGCAGAGGUCUUUUCUGUGCCAGCUGCAGCUAGUUGGUUGUUUAUCUAUGUCUGGGAUUUUGGGGUUGUGUUUGUCGGUGGGGCUAUUACUUUGAAUGUGUUAUGGUGGUGCUGCUCUUUGGGAUGUUUGCGUACCGAAGUGAGGGCAAGAGAGGAGUGACAGCCAAAGAUACAUCUGAACUUAUUUAUAGAAGUUGGAGUUUGAUUUGAUGCAAACAAUGUUGGUAGGGGAAAUUCUCGUUCAAUGCUCAGUGUUACUGUUAUAUUUUAUUAUUACUGAAGCUUGGAUGCCACGUCUUGACCUGUGGGAGGUUGCCAUGGUAACUGUUUUUGGAGGGAACACUGUUUGCCUCGUCUUAUGGGCUUCUAACUUUCUAUUUUUAUAAGAUUUUUUAUCUUGUGGAUAGGAUUGGAUUUGAAGCAUCGAAAAUGGAUGGUAAAGCUGAAACUGAAGUGAAAGGUGCUGUUAAGAACUUCAUCUGGACCCAGCAAUACAGAGUUGAGACUUGAAAGCUGAAAGUUGAAACUAAAUCCUGUUUUUGAUGCACAAUGAACCAGUUAGUUGAACACUCUUCUAAUGCUCAUAGUCAUAGGGGCUAUAGAGUUCAAGCUCCACUGGUUGAUUCUGUUUCAUGCUACUGUAGAGUAGAUUCGGGCCUAAAAACAGUUGCUGGGGCAAGGAAAUUUGUUCCGGGAUCAAAGCUAUGUAUCCAACCUGACAUAAAUCCGAAUGCACAUAGGAGAAAAAACUCACGGAGAGAGAGGACAAGAGUUCAGCCUCCUCUCCUACCUGGCCUCCCUGACGAUCUUGCUAUUGCUUGUUUGAUUCGAGUACCCCGGGUAGAGCACAGGAAACUGCGUUUGGUUUGCAAAAGAUGGCACCGCCUCUUGUCUGGAAACUUCUUUUAUUCACUGAGAAAAAGUCUUGGAAUGGCCGAAGAGUGGGUUUAUGUCAUCAAAAGAGAUCGUGAUGGAAGAAUUUCAUUGCAUGCAUUUGAUCCCACCUACCAACUGUGGCAACCCCUUCCCCCUGUUCCUGUGGAAUAUUCUGAAGCACUAGGAUUUGGCUGUGCAGUUCUUAGCGGUUGUCACUUGUACUUAUUUGGUGGAAGGGAUCCUCUGAAGGGAUCUAUGAGACGUGUCAUUUUCUAUAAUGCCCGAACAAAUAAAUGGCACAGGGCACCAGAUAUGCUGCGGAAACGCCAUCUGUUUGGUUCAUGUGUAAUAAAUAAUUGUCUUUAUGUGGCUGGUGGUGAAUGCGAAGGAAUUCAAAGAACUCUUAGGUCUGCUGAAGUUUAUGAUCCAAAUCGGAGUAGGUGGAACUUUAUCUCAGAGAUGAGCACAGCAAUGGUGCCCUUUAUUGGUGUUGUUCAUAAUGGAACAUGGUUUCUGAAGGGACUUGGGUCGCGUCGCAAUGUCAUGUGCGAAGCAUAUUCCCCUGAAACCGAUGCCUGGACUCCAGUUAGUAAUGGGAUGGUGAAUGGCUGGCGUAAUCCUAGCAUCUCGCUUAAUGGACAACUGUAUGCACUUGAUUGCCAGGAUGGGUGCAAGCUCACAGUAUAUGACACUGCAACAGAUUCAUGGAAAAAGUUUAUUGACAGCAAGCUUCAUUUGGGUAGCUCCCGUGCUCUCGAUGCUGCUGCACUUGUUUCCCUCAAUGGAAAGUUAUGCAUCAUCCGCAACAAUAUGAGCAUCAGUCUAGUCGAUGUUUCUAGUCCAAACAGGCAAGUGGAAACAAAUCCUCACCUAUGGGAAAAUAUUGCCGGAGAGGGUCACAUCAGGACAUUAGUUAGAAAUUUAUGGUCAACUAUAGCAGGGCGUGGUGGUUUGAAGAGUCACAUUGUUCAUUGUCAAGUGCUUCAAGCGUGAGGUUCAAAAGUUCUUUAGUAUCAUAUUUGCUAUACUGUUAGCAGAACUGAUGGUUUCGUCUGAAAUUGAUUGAAAUAGGUUUUAUCUACUUUGUUUUGGGGGGAAAUGUAGGAAAAAUGUGGUUUUUUUUUUCCUGUAAAGAUGAGUUUAAUUGUUAUUUUGGCAAUAGAAUGAAUGGAGUCCGUCCUUUACAAUCAUGAA